CGUGGGGAAACUUUUCUCUGGAGCUUUGGAUUGAGGAUUCAAGAGCGCGCUGGACUUUGGCACAUAGCCUUCUUUUUCUCAAAAGAAAAGGGGAUUGUUUUGUGUGUUUUGAGUUUGCAACUGACUACAGCAGAAUCUGAGGGAAGAAUCAUGCAAAUACUAUCAGUGCGUCGCUUCAUGGCUGUGUAUCUCACGCUGUUUGGAUACUUUGGGGAUGUUUACGCUGGGACGGUUUUGAUGAACUCCAACGCCAUCAAGAACUUGCCCGGUGGUGCUGCUGCUGGUGCUGCUGCUGGUGGUGGUGCCAAAACCGCGGACACGGUCAGUCCGAGUCCGCGCACGUCGCCACCAGGUAGCAUGGGACACAAAGCGGCCGGGGACACCUUGCAGCAGUCAAGUGUUUGCGCGGAUGAUGAAGAGUGCGGAGCUGAUGAAUUCUGCAACGACGCCCGAGGUGCCUGCCUGCCCUGCCGUAAAAGUCGGAAGCGGUGCGCACGCGACUCGAUGUGCUGUGCUGGGAACCGCUGCAGCAACGGUGUCUGCCAGGCAAAUGAUAUAGAUGGCAUGGAUGCGGUUACCAUCACUGGCUGGCACAGGCACAACAACACCAUGGAGCACCAUGUCAAGAGGCCCCCCACUGCCCACAGCCAUCAGCCAAACUCUGUGAAAGGCCAGGAGGGAGAUACCUGCCUGCGAUCGGCAGACUGCUCUGAUGGUCUUUGCUGUGCCCGUCACUUUUGGUCUCGCAUCUGUAAGCCGGUGCUGACUGAAGGCCAGGUGUGCACCCGCCACCGCAGGAAAGGCAACCACGGCUUGGAGCUGUUCCAGCGCUGCGACUGUGGUGAUGGCCUGGCCUGUCGACCUGAGAAAGGAGAGCGAGACCACAGUGUCAGCAGGACUGCAGCCCGGAACCUACACACCUGUCAGAGACGCUGACACACACAUAAACACACAGACACACACACACACACACACACACACACACACACACACACACACACACACACACACACAUCCCCGAAACCUACAAAUCAGUCACAGACACUGACAAAUGCAUUCAGUCCUGUAUACACCAGAGAUGCUGACACACACUUAUACAUCCAACACCUAGUACAUUCUUUCCUGCCAAAGCUGCUGACACAAACACAGCACCCGGAAGGAUAGACAUGAUUCCUGGGAAAAGCGAUACACCCUGAGGGAUGCAGCAAUGUAAGAUGGACUGAUCCAAUUGCCAGUCAACAGACAAGGAGUUGGAAGUUAGGAAGUGACAUUUCAUAGGUCUUGGAAAGAUCGAUUCAUGUCAUCAAAAAUGGCAGAGCUGUUUUGUUUCUCUUUUUAUGGAACUUAAAGCCUCAGUUAUUGCAGUAAAUUACUGUAUUGUAAAUAGUAUCCUGGAGGUGGCACUUAAUUGAAAUAUUGAAUUCUGUCAACACCAGUAUUAUAAAGAUGUGGUGCUGCAUGGUUCGUUUCCAGUAUUGUAAAUGUGUACACAAUAUAUUGUUAUAUACUAUGUAAAUGACUAUAUUUUUAAGUUACAUGUAAAGAAAAUGUGAAUAUAUUUGUUUUAUUAAACGUCACUCUGAUAACCUUA